UAUAUUUCCUGACCAAGUGCGGUAAAUCCCGAUCGCAGACCAGUGAAGGCUUCUGAACCAUUACCCUGAUUAGUUUGGUUAAGGAAACCAAAACCGAUCCAGGAACAGCGCGUGUCUCAGAUUCGAGCCAACUGUCGGUGGAAGAAGCGUGAAACCGUGAACAUGUAUGACAGUGGGGGGGUGUGGGCAAUCCCCCUGCAUCAGCGUCCGGACCUGCUGGAGCCUUGCGCCGACUUGGUGAACAGCGAGUGGCAGCGGAGCCAUGGUGCCCGGGUCCACGCCCUCCAGAAAUCCUGCCAGGAGUUCCCCGUAGCCCUGGUGCUGCUGCAGGGCUCUGGGAACAGGGACGGUGGGGAUGGGGAGACCCUCCUGGGGCAUGUCCGGCUGUCCCGCGUGGUGUCCCGCCCUGGGAGCCUCUUUGUGGAGUCGGUGGUGGUGUCCAAGGCCCAGAGGGGGAAGGGCUACGGUCGUACACUGAUGCAGGAGACGGAGGGCUACGCUAAGGCCCGAGGGUUCCGGAGGCUGUGUCUGACCACCCACGACAAGCAGCACUUCUAUGCCCACCUGGGCUAUGUUCUGUCCAUGCCGGUACAGAAUGCUGGUGUCAUGGCCUCCUUCAUUACCAUGGAGGUGCUGGAGAGGUUCUCCAAGCUCCCAGGGACAGACAACACCCAGGGUGAGGUAGAGGGAGGCCCACCACCACCAUCACCACCCCAGAUCCCUCCUUCCUUUAUAGGGCCUGCUCCAUCACCUCUGCCUCCUCCUCCACCACCCACUCAUCCUUCUAGUCUUCCUACUCCUCCACCUCUUCUCCUCCCUCCCUCUGCUUUAUCUUGUCAUCCACCUCCCUCUCCUCCCUCUGGUCUUCCACCUCCUCCCUCUAUUCCUCCUCCUCCUCCUCCUCCUCCUCCUCCUCCUCCUCCCUCCUCCUCCUCCUCCUCAGUGUCCGGCCCGACUGGUGUUUCAGACUCUUGAGGAGACGCCCUACAGAGAUGCUAAAGGAGUUCCUAUCUUCUGGAUGCACAAGGACAUCUGAGUGUGAGGGCCUGGCUGACCACAGACCAUGUCACCCAUGUCACUCAGCCUCACACACACACACACAUGCUCAGGACAUUGAGGAAAAGGAUGCUGCCUUUGGCCUAUUUAGUACCACAGCCUGUAGGGUUCUGACAAGAGGUUGACAGACUGAGAAGGAAGGAUAUUUUUGGGGUCUGGCUGGCUCUCCUUGAGCUCUUGACAGAGAUACUUAGUGCUGUAGACUGAGAUAACACUUGAACAAAGAAUACCAAAUGUUUUAUCUCAUGUGCCUUAAGUAAAGUUGUUUUUUCUUGUCCUAAAAUAAAACAUUUAUUUAAUGAAUGGUUAAAUUGACCUGAUCAAACUGAAUAUUUAUCACUGGGUCUAUAUUUUGGACCUAAUGUUUCAAUCAUUUCGAUGUUGAAAUAAAAGACAGCGUACUAAA